AUGCCCGGUCUUCCAGCAAGUGUCGAUCUCGAUGAAUGUAUCGAAAGACUCUACAAGAAAGAAUUGCUUGCCGACUCUGUCAUAGAGGCAAUAUGCGCCAAAACAAAAGAGCUUCUGAUGAAAGAGAGCAAUGUUGUACACAUCGCAGCGCCAGUCACAGUGGUUGGAGAUAUACAUGGGCAGUUCUUUGAUAUGAUUGAGAUAUUCAAAAUUGGAGGCUUCUGUCCAGAUACCAAUUAUCUUUUCUUGGGCGACUAUGUAGACCGCGGUCUCUUCUCCGUCGAAACAAUCUCCCUCCUUGUCUGCCUUAAAUUGCGCUACCCGUCCCGCGUGCACUUAAUCCGCGGCAACCACGAGUCUCGCGGCGUAACACAAUCAUAUGGCUUUUACACCGAAUGCAACCGCAAAUACGGCAACGCGAACGUCUGGCAUUACUUCACCGACAUGUUCGAUUUCCUCACCCUCUCUGUGGUGAUCAACAAUCAAAUAUUUUGCGUGCAUGGCGGAUUGAGUCCGAGUAUACAUAGUAUCGAUCAGAUCAAGAUUAUCGAUCGCUUUAGAGAGAUACCGCAUGAGGGCCCAAUGGCAGAUUUGGUGUGGAGUGAUCCGGAUCCUGAGAGGGAUGAGUUCUCGCUGUCUCCGAGAGGCGCGGGCUAUACGUUUGGAGCGCAGGUGGUGAAGAAGUUCCUGGAUGUCAACAAGAUGAACCACAUCCUUCGUGCGCACCAGCUCUGUCAAGAGGGCUACCAAGUCCUGUAUGAAGAUCGACUGAGCACAGUCUGGAGCGCGCCGAACUAUUGCUACAGAUGCGGAAACAUGGCGAGCGUGCUCGAGGUCAGCGAUCAGGGAGAGAGGUAUUUCAACGUCUUUGAUGCCGCGCCGGAGAAUGAUCUGCAUAGGGGAGAGCAGCAGAAUCAGCCGAAUCAGGAUGGUCAAGGCGUUGUGGUCGAGUAUUUUCUUUGA